AUGAUGCGAGCAGCAUUAGCAUUGCUGGCGCUCGUGCCGGCCACUGCAUUAAGAGUGACGGUGCUGGGUGGCAACGGCUACGUCGGCCAGCGCGUCUGCGAGAAGCUGGUCGCGCGCGGCUGCGACGUGACCUCGAUCUCGAAGAGCGGCAAGGCGCCGAGCGGCGGGGCGUGGACGCAAUCGGUCAAGUGGGUCGCGAACGACCUGACGCGCGGCAGCCGCCAGGAGCUCGAGGCCGCGGUGGGCCAGCCGGACGUCGCCGUCUCCUGUGUCGGCACGGUAGGUUUCGACGGCCGGGGCCUGGAGCUGGGGAACGGGGUCGCUAACGUGCGCGCGGCGGAGGCGCUCAAGGGCGUCCAGCGCUUCGCAGUGCACGAAUCAAAUUUCGCGGCGCUUGUCAUGGCCGAAUCACGACCUGCACGCCAUCGACGCGAUGCCUGCUCGACGGCGUGGCGGUGC